CAUGGGGGCGCUACAUACUGGAAACACUGACUCGACUGACUGCGAAGGUCCAGCCUAGACCUUGGCUCUUUUUCCCAUGCAAUUUUCUCUCCCUGCACCGGAUAAAUCACUUGGUAUCUGUGACACGAGGAAUUUAAGGAGACCUAUCACAAGAAAUCCCUUUUUGUGCAGAAAAGAAUCAUUGCUGUUUUAUUUUGUAGAAAAAGAAAAAGCAGAAAAAAUUGCUCCAACAGAGAGUUAUGUAGUGUAGCUACCGUGCAAGAAAAACAAAACUUUACCUUGCUGUACAAGGCCAGAAGUGGACCGCCAAUUCACCAUGGAUGCUGCUCUACUGAGAGAGAGAGAUGCCUUCCGUAAGCGUGCCUUAGCUCAGCCGGUUAUUGAGAAGAGACCCAAACCAUCCAGCUCAUCUCAGCAAGCCAAACGGAGAAAGCCAGCCGGCGCGGGACGCCAAGGCCAUGGGAGUGGCUCUAGUGCUGGAGGAUUCAACUAUAAGAUGAUGCAAGGAAGCUCCAAAUACAAGUUUGGAGUGCUAGCCAAGAUAGUUGACUUCAUGAAGCAACGACAUCAACAGGGAGAUACCUUCCCUCUCAGUAUCGAGGAGAUACUAGAUGAAACUAAGCAACUUGACGUGGGUGCUAAGCAGAAAAUGUGGCUGAUAAAUGAGGCUUUGCCCAACAACCCCAAGAUGGUCAUGGAGGAUGGCAAGUACUUCUACAAGGCAACUUUUACUCUAAGGAGUCGCAAAGGUCUGGAAAGACUCUUGAAGAAGCACGACCAGCAAGGGCUUGGCGGUAUCAUGAUGGACGAUAUCCAGGAGAGCUUGCCAAACUAUGAGAAGUGUAUAAAGGCUCUGGGCGAUCUUGUCAUCAUCAUCACAAGGCCAGACAAGAAGAAAGUAGUUUUCUUCAAUGAUAAGUCAGCCCAGCUCAACAUUGACGAAGAACUAAAAGAAUUGUGGAAUACGACAGCGGUGGAUUCCAUCGACGAAACAAAGAUUGAAGAGCACCUGAGAAAGCAGGGAAUAUCCUCCAUGGAGGAUCUCAGUCUCAAACACGUGCCCCAACGGAAGAAGAGGGCCGGCAGGAAAGGUCCGCGGAAAUUCAAAACUCACAACGAUCAUUUGACAGGUGUCCUCCAAGACUACUCCCAGGACACCACCAAGCCAAGCUGAUCAAAAAGUUAAAGACGACUAGGAAGUGGACAGCUCUAAUUUGUAUAAGAGCCAGUGUAUUUUACUCCCAUCUGUAUGUGACAUACAUGUACAUUGUGAAGAACCAAAGGAUGCGGGGUGCCAGACUGCUGUAUAACCUCAAGGCACUUGUCAACAUAUAUUAUGCUCAGGGAAUCCUGUUUCAUUCCGACAAACCUGCAAAGCACAUGGAAAUUCAAAAGCUGAAGUCACUUCAAUAAUGAUGCAGCAAAAGAUUUCCAAAUGUGCACAUGACAGCACAUUGCAGGCUGUGAAACAGGCUUGAACGGGUUUUCUUGUGAUCUAGUUAUCACCACUUCAGCUCCAUGAGAUCGCGAUCGAUCGCAUGAACUGAAAUUAGGCUAUAAGUUAAGGGUCCAAAGUGUGACCUUUAUCCUGUCCCCGUUACCUUGGUACUUUGUAAUUUACAAUCAGGUAUUAUUAAGAAUUACCCAAAAUGAUUGUUUAUUGUUGGGUAGGUAGUUAGCUAUUCAUAACCAUUCUUGGAGGACCACUGCAUUACAGAGUGCAUCAGAUAGAUGCCAGGUGUCAAAUGGAGGGGGGGGGGGGGGAGUGGACCCCUAAUUUAUAGAAUGACCCACAUGUGCAAGAAAUAUGUGUGGCCCAUGUGUAGCGACGUUUUUAAACUUGAAAUAAAAAACCAAGCACAAAACACUUUUCCUUUCCCUUUUGUGUUUAUUCUUUUACUCACUGCCAUAAAAAAAAGUCGCAGAGCAUUUUACAAAAUCUGUAUUAUGUACAGUAUUGUGCCCCCAAAGCCAUUACGUGGACUAAACUUACCACGACAUAUCAAUUUAUUGAAUAGGAUAUGCAGGCAUAAGAUUUUCAUACUUUUGUCUGAAAUCAAACCUUUUCAAUCUGAGAGA